UGUCAGAAUCAGACAACAUAAAAAAAACAACCUUUUUCUGUGUCUUUCACUUCAUGCAACAAACAACUAUGUCUCCUUAUUUUCUCUCAUCAAACCUCAACAUGCACAAUCUCUAUGUCUCACCUUCUUCUUCAACCUUACAUCUUUCAAACCACAUAACCAAACCAAAAUUUCACCCUUUUCAAAAUUCUCAUUCUCACAAUUUUUCUUCUUCACCACUUAGACUCACCAUUGAUGGAUUUGCAUGUCCAUCUUCUUCUUUCUUCCAAACUGUUGGAAAAUCUUCACCUUUCUUCAUUUCAAAUCCAAAAAUGGAUUCUUUUAGAGUCUUUGCUGCUUCUUCUGUACCUGAGGCACAGAGUGAUGAAGGGAAACAAACUUCUGGGCUUGUUCAGUCUCUUCAGCUUGGUUUCAUGUUUGCUACUUGGUAUCUCUUGAAUAUUUACUUCAACAUUUACAACAAACAGGUUCUAAAAGUCUAUCCAUUUCCAGCAACAGUUACAGUAUUUCAAUUUGGCUUUGCUUCGUUGGUGAGCAAUUUGAUAUGGACUUUGAAUCUUCAUCCCAGACCAAAAAUUAGUAGAUCACAGCUUACGGCAAUCCUUCCACUUGCCGUGGCUCAUACAUUAGGGAACCUUUUGACGAACAUUAGUCUUGGCAAGGUUGCCGUAUCUUUCACUCACACCAUCAAAUCUAUGGAACCUUUCUUCACUGUUGUACUUUCAUCCCUUCUUCUGGGUGAGAUGCCUACUUUAUGGGUGGUUUCUUCUCUUCUACCUAUAGUUGGGGGAGUGGCAUUGGCAUCGAUGACUGAAGUCUCUUUCAAUUGGAUUGGAUUCGGCACUGCAAUGGCAUCCAACCUUACGAAUCAAUCGCGGAAUGUUUUGAGCAAAAAACUAAUGGCUAAUGAAGAGGAAGCUUUGGACAAUAUCAAUCUCUACUCGGUUAUAACCAUCAUUUCAUUUUUCUUGUUGGUACCGUAUGCUAUAUUUUCGGAGGGUGUUAAGUUUACUCCUUCAUACCUGCAAACUGCGGCAAGCCAAGGAUUGAAUGUUCGAGAGCUAUGUAUAAGAUCCGUUUUGGCUGCCUUCUGCUUCCAUGCAUACCAGCAGGUUUCAUAUGGGAUAUUAGAGAAAGUGUCACCUGUGACACACUCAGUCGGAAAUUGCGUUAAGCGUGUCGUUGUCAUCGUCUCUUCUGUUAUCUUCUUCCAAACUCCUGUCUCACCUAUCAAUGCCCUUGGAACUGCUAUUGCACUUGUUGGAGUUUUCUUGUAUUCAAGGGCAAAGAGGAUUAAGCCAAUGCCAAAAACAAAGGAAGCAUAGUUAACUCUUUCAAAAGAAUGAGGAAAAGAGAGAGAUAGAGAGAGGGAAAAGUAAAUACUUCAGAAAUAAAAUAACCAACUCAUCCAUCAAGUUUUUUUUUCUUUUUUUGUUGGGUGAGGGGUUGGAUCUCAAUAUUAGGAGUAUGUUCUUUUUGAGGUUACUUUAUGAUCAAAUCUUGGUAACUAAUCACUUAGAAUACUAUUACAGAUAUUAAAAUUUGCCAAGAAAUGUCUUUAAAUUGGUUUUUCUUGUAUAGAUAUAUGCUUCUUCA